UGGAUUGUUACCUGAUCACCCUUCACCUGUAUUUUUUUACAAUUCACCGAACUCUUCGACACAUUCCUUGGUCGAGCAAGACGAGGAAGAUCUAGAUGAUAAUAUCUUUUACAGGACAUUAAAAAAAGAUUAUCCAAAAAUAUUUAACGGAGUUACCGUUGUCUGCGUACCUCAUUCCAAAAGUAUUGUCGGAAUAAAGAUUAAUCGAAGUUUUAUUGAAACACAUUCGCUGAGGCCUUCGCCGUAUUUUCAGGGACAAUAUCAAAGCAUUAACGAAAAAGUUAUAUCCAUCGAGAGAAAUUGUGUAAAUCUAAUAUCAGGUAUGGUGCAUCGACCGUCG